UUUCGUUUUUAUUUGAAUGAUAAUUUUAUUCCUUGUUAUUUUUUGACGAACUUAAUAUUUAUUUAUUAUUUAUUGUCAUUUUUUUUUUGAAUGACUAAUUUGUAAUUCAUUUAAAGUCAAAACUUUUUAAUCAAUUAUUGCAUUAUUUUUUUAUUAAGUAUAUUUUAAUUGUAUUAUACUAAUGUGUAAUAAUUAAUAAAUGGAAAACGCUAAGGGUCCAACAUCAACACAUACAAAACCUCCAGAGAACCGAAAUGAUAAUAAGGAAAACAAAUUGCAUUCAUUGAAAGAAGUUCCAAAAAGAGGAUUUGUUCAAAUUAAAGAAUCAUUUAGAACAUUGAAAAAUGUUAAUAGACAGCCAGUUAUUGUUAAAGCAGAUAAAGGUGGUGCUAUACGAUUUAUGGGUGAUGGAGUUAGUUUCAAAGCCAAGCUUAUUGGCAUAUUGGAAGUCAGUGAGGCUCGAGGGGAUAGAAUGUGCCAAGAAGCGUUGUUUGACUUGAAGAUGGCGAUAAGGGCCGCCGGAGAGCACAAGCAACGCAUUACCAUAAAUGUAGCAAUUGAUGGACUUAAAUUGAGGGAUGAAAAGACUGGGGAUUGUUUAUAUCAUCAUCCUAUACAUAAGAUAUCAUUCAUAGCACAAGACAUGGUAGAUUCAAGAGCAUUUGGAUACAUAUUCGGUUCUCCUGAUACCGGUCAUAGAUUUUUUGGUAUAAAAACAGAUAAAGCAGCAAGUCAGGUUGUAAUUACUAUGAGAGAUCUUUUUCAAACAGUUUUUGAGUUAAAAAAACAAGAAAUAGAAAUGACUAGGCAACAACAAAUUAUGAAAGGCAGUGGACUUUAUCUAGAAGCUCUUGCAAGUACAGCAUCAAAAGUUGAUCAUGCUAGCUGUAAUGAUGAUGGCUCUAAAAGAUUCAAUCGUGAUUUGUCAAGUAUGGACAAAUCUGAGUUUAAAAACACAACCCCAAAUGCUAAUGAUCUUUUGAACUUGGAACUUGAACUGAAUAAUUUACAACAAGGUUUGUCACAAAUGGAAAGUAUUACCCCACCAUCAGCUGAUCCUUUUGGAGAUUCUUUUACUGUUAUUCCAACUGUUGCAUUAACAAAAUUACCACCGCCGCCAAGUUCUGGAGAUCGAAGAACACGUAAUAGUUCAGCUCCUUCAAGUUCAGGACAGCCUGAAAAACAUUGGUUUGACAAAGAAACUGAAAGUAUUUUCAGUAUGACAAAUCCUAGUGAAGUUCGUCAAUCCCUCCAAGCAUCUGAUUUUAAGGUCAUUGAAUCAACUAACCGUACAAGUCCAACAAUUAAGUGCGAUGCAUUUGAUGUUUUUACUGAACUAGAUCCAUUAGGAACUGGUCGUAGUAAACCUUAUGUAGACAAGAAAGAUUUCUUUCAAGAGCUCAAAAAUCCUCCAAAGAAAAUAUUAAAUCAACUUGCUGCGUACGAAAAUGAAAAAAUUUCAGAGCAACAAUCUCAAAGUUUACCAACUAAAACUGUAAGUGAUUCAUUUUCUUCUGAUCUGUCGUUUAACGAUACCAGUGGACGUAUGGAAGAUCCUUUUAAAAAUGAUAAUUUUAAUAAAUCUCAUUCGAAUUCUGUUGAAAUGGAGUUUGCUGAUUUUUCUUCAUUUGAAUCUUUGAAACCAGUUUCGCCACAAUUGCAACACAAAUCUCCAUUAUUAAAAAGUGAUAGUUCAUCAUCACAAAAUUCUGCUCAAGGAUUAUUGAAGGUAUCCCUUCCAUCAGAAACACAAAAGCCAUAUAAUAUAUCUACAUCACCCAAGUAUAAUUUAAUGUCUAAAAAUAGAACAAAAAUAAAAAUGAGAAAAUCUCCAAGUCCAGAUUAUUAUAGAAAUGACGACCCAACUUCACCUGAUGAUGAUUAUGCUAUUAUGAAAUUAAUGACAUUGCCUCAACGAAUAGACAUUGCUCCUGAACCUCCACCAAGACCUUCAUCUUCAUUGGAGCCUCCGCCUUUGCCACCUAAAAAACAACAAAUACCUUCUAAAACCGUUAAACCAAUACGUACACGUAAUUGUCAUUAUGACUAUAUAGAAAAUUAUGUUAGUUCCUACAAUUUACCAACUACACAACUAGAAAAUGAAGCCCCACCAUUACCAUUACCAUCUAGAAAACCAAAAAAUGACAUUAAGAAAAAGAAAGAAGAAGUUGAUUCUGAAUAUUAUUUAGUACCUGUUUCUGUAAGAAAAACUAGCAGUGAAUUAAAGUCAAAUAUAUCUACUUCACUUGAUAUUACAUUAAGUCAAUUAACAAAAACAGGGUUUAGUGAUUUAGCAGAUACAUUAAGAAUAUCUCCCACUUCUUUAUCCAAGAUGACUUUAAAAGAGUUGACUUUACGUUUGUCCAAGUUAACAGUAAAUAGCAAUGAAGAAACACAAACUAUUCCUAAAAAGACUGAAGAAGAUAAGAAAGAACCAGAAAAAUCUUUGUAUGAUAAAUAUGCAGUAUUUAGAGAAUUAUUGGAUGAGGAAAAAACUAGUGAGACUGUAGUUACAGAAAAUGAUAAAUAUGCAGCCCUCAGAGAUAUUCCAAUAAAAGAACCUAUGCACGAAGAAGAAUCAUCAGAAAACUUUCCAAUUGAAGAAAUUGUUAAAUCAAAUCAAAACAAUAAUAUUUCAGAACAAAGUGAGGUUGAAUUAAAUAAUGAACAAGUAUUUGAACCAGAAGAUGAAAAAAUUAUUGAUGAAGUGGUUGAAACUAAAGAAAAUGUAGAAGUUGACGAAGAUGAUGAAGAUGAUGAUGUACAAGGAGAUGAAGAUGAUGAUGAAGAAGAUGAAUACGAAGAAGAAAACUGUGCCGUUAAAAACGAGGAUUUAAAAGGAGCAGUUGAAUGUGAAGUUUCAAAAGAAGAAGUUACUACUGCAAUUAUAAACCCUGAAUCAAUUGAAAAUAACACAUGUCAAAAAUUGUUUGAUAACGCUCAAUGUUGGGCAACUUUUGAUGCUGAACCAGAAGCAAUUAAAAAUCCAAAUUCUCCUUGGGCUGCAGAUGAUCGAGAAGCACCAACUACUAAACCUAAAGUUAAUUUGAAAAAAGUACCUUCUAAUCGUAGUAAGUGUUCAUCUAGCUGGGAUGAUUGUGAAGAAUCUGAAGAUAAUUGGGAUACUGCAAAAAGAAGUUUAGAAAGUUCAAUUGAAGAUUUCCCUCGAACCGUAAAUGGUUGGAGUGAUGGAGAAUCUAUGUAUGAGGAUGAACCUUAUUAUGAAAGAAAACCUAAUCGUAGAAGUAACCGUAAAAUAUCACCUCGGCGUCGUGAACCAUCUCCGUGGGAUGAAGGGACUAGAUAUAAUGAUGAAUGGGAGUCACCAUAUAUGAUUCCACACUGGAGAGUUCCACAUAUGGAUGACGAACGGAGAAGGUCAUCAAAAGAUGAUAAAAGGCGUGUCUAUGCUCGACCUGACAUUGAAAGAAGAGUUCAAAAACUACCAUCUACUCCGAACUGGGAAGAUGAAAAAUACCAAAGGUUAAUGUACGAAAGGCGAAGAAGAUAUCUUGAAGAACAAUACAAUUGGGAUCGAUUUGGCCCUCCAAUUCCAAAAGGUUUCAAAAAUUAUUCUAGGCCUCCUAUUGAUAAUAGCGAUGAUGAUGAUGUAAAAAUGCGAUAUAGAUUACCCAAAAAAAAUCGUUAUGUGUCUUCAACAACACCUAGAAAGCCUAGGAGAUCCUAUCAUCGUCGAAGUGAUGGGAGUGACGAAGACCACAACAUUCCACCUAGAAAGCCAUAUAGUCAAGAAGAAUUGGAUUUAAGUGAAUCUGAAUUAGAACAAAAUUGGUCCAGAAGAUCAAAAAAUAAAUGGUCUUUGAAACGUAAUCAAACCUCUCCUUUUGAUGAUAAUUUUACACCCGGUAGUCCUGAUUCUUCCUUAUUUACAAAAACUAUGAGCACUUGUUCUGAUUUAGGAUAUCUUACUAAGCCAUCUCCGUCCACUAGUUCUAAGACAAAUAGGAAUAUAAGAAAACCAAAACGUUCAGAUAGUGGUCAUAGGUCUAUUGAUUCAAACUCUAAAACCGAAGGAACAAAGCGUUCUCCAUUUGAAGAUGAUUUUACACCAGAAAAUGCUGCCAAAGGUAGUAUGUCUAGUGAAUUUAGUUUUAAAGACGAUGACGUAUUUGUUGCAAAAGAUAUAAAAAUUUCACAAGAAGAAGUAUCAAAUUCGCCUAAAGAGAUGAAAAAAUCAGAGUCCAUAAACAUAUUUUCCAGAAAUACAGAUCCAUUUGAGGAUGAUGAUUUUUUUAAUCAGGAAGUAUCUAGCAAACCAAAUCUGGCAUCUCUGGAAGAGGCUAUUUCUGAUCGUGAAGAAGACGAAUGGAACAAACGGCCUGAUCGAACAAAAAAUGAAUGAGGCUAUCAUUAUGUGGUCCGGCCUAAAAUAAAGGGGGCCACUAGUAAGUUCAGAAAAGUUUUUAAAAAAGUUAAUAAAUUUAUGAACAAAUUAUUUUGAUUAACUUUUUUUUAAUCCAAUACUGACACUGACAAACCAACUACUUUUUAUUUUAAAUUUUUAGUUACUACCUGCUGUAAUAGAUUUAAUUUGUAUUUAAUAGGAAAAGAGUUUUAAGUUUUCAUUUUUGAAUAAACAUGUUUUUUUUUUUAUUCACACAUUAUAAUAUUAUAGAACCAGUUUUAAUUGUUGUCACCAGAAUCUUUUAUUUAUUUAUUCACAGAAACUGCUUUAUUUGUUUCACCAUCGUUGUUGGAAUUGUAAUCUCAAUAAGUUUUUAUACAGCAAUAUUGUUUUCAGAUGUGUGUGCAAUACUAAUAUUACUAAUAAUAUUAACCAUUAUUAUUUUAUCAUUAUUAUUAUCGUACAUUAAUGGCAAUAUACUCUUGACAUAGAUUAAUAUUGUACAUACAUAAAAUACUGUAUUAUGAUAUGUUUUUAAUUGUUCUUCUGUAUUAUUUAGUUUUUGAGUUAUCCUUAUAAUAUUUCUGUUGAACUUUCUAUGUAUAAUUUUGUUAUAAGUAUCUUUGUUAUACGUUAAAGGUUAAUUCAUCUGUUAGCUAUUUCCCUCCGUUCAUCGAAAAAAUUGUGUACUUAAUCUAUGUUCUUAGUAUAAUAAUAUGUAUCGAUGUUCCUUUAAAAUAGUAUUGUGUUUUGUGAAUUUUUUUUUAUCGCCAUUUAUAAUCUUAGAAAAAUGUUCACCAAGAUUGUUUUUUAAAAAAAAUCUAUUAAAAUAAUUGUAUAAAAAAAAAUGUUAACAAUAAUAUUAUUAUACAUGGGUAAUGUUAGCGGAUUAAUCUAACAAAUGCAUGGAAGAUAUUUUAUUAUUGUAGUGCCAUAUAUAAUUUUUGAUAAUGACAAAAAAUUGAUGACAGUUUUUUUUUCAUUUUACAACAAUUGGUUUUUAAAUCCACUUACAUUUUACACCCAUAAAAUUAUUGAAAAUGUAUUGUACAACUAAUGUUAAAUUUGGAAUACUGUAAUAUGUCUAUAUUCCAAAAUAUUGACUAUUUAAACAUAAUCUACAUAAUACAAAUCUGUUUUGUGUAGAUCUGCAUAGUUUUUUUUUCUACUUAAUUGUUAACCAGUUAUACCUUACCUAUUUGAUGUUUUAGUUUGUAAAAUUAGUUGAUUACAUCACAUUAUUAUGUUGAACAAAUGUGUAUAAAUGUUUAGAUACAUUAUGUUUUUGUCCAAAAAUAAUAAUUUUCAAUGUAAAAUUAUUGAUGUUUACACGAAAAUAAAUGUUAAUAGGCAUAGGGUGCGCCAUUUUACCACCAUA